UGAAGCGUGAUCUCCGGUGGUGAAUAUAUACCGACGACUCAUCAACAGAAACGGAGUUGCUCCAGCUGAUCUCUUGUCAGCAUCCCACACACACGCGCACACACGCACCCAUACUAAGGAAGGUGCGUUCGAUUGGCCGGCACACGUACGGCCGUGCAGGCACUCACACAGGGGCUCACACCCCACUACCCUUAUCCGUGAGAGCGUAGCAGCGGACCAGCCGAUAAAAUGAAUGAGAAUGAUAAGUCAGUUAAGUGCGAGAACUCCGCUGGCGAGGAGGAGGAGGACGAGAUGUUCGAGCGCGAGCUGGCCGAGGACGCGCAGUGGAAGCGAAUUCAACAGAACACCUUCACGAGAUGGGCGAACGAGCGAUUGAAGGUAGCGAACAAGCACAUCGGCGACCUGGAAUGCGAUCUGUCUGACGGUCUCCAGUUGGUGAGUCUCAUCGAGGUGCUCUCGCAAAAGCGGCUGCCGAAACACAACCAGCGGCCCACCUUUCGUUCUCAGAAGCUGGAGAACGUGUCCGUCGCUCUUAAGUUUUUGGAGGACGAAGGCAUCAGGCUUGUUAAUAUCGAUUCUUCAGACAUCGUAGACUGUAAAUUAAAGUUGAUCCUCGGUUUAAUAUGGACCCUGAUCCUGCACUAUUCGAUCUCUAUGCCUAUGUGGGAAGGCGACGACGGCGAGGACAAGGGCGCUACCCCGAAGCAAAGGCUGAUGCAUUGGAUCCAAUCGAAGGUGCCGGAUCUGCCGAUCUCGAACUUUACCUCCGAUUGGAACGACGGCCGCGCGGUGGGUGCGCUUGUUGAUGCGGUCGCACCUGGCCUUUGCCCGGAUUGGCGGGAGUGGAACCCGAAAGAUGCGGUCCAGAACGCGUCCGAAGCGAUGGGUCUCGCUGAUGACUGGCUCAAUAUUCCUCAGCUCAUUAAACCCGAAGAGAUGGUGAAUCCAAACAUCGACGAGAUGUCGAUGAUGACAUAUCUAUCACAAUAUCCCAGCGCAAAAUUAAAACCAGGUGCACCUCUGCGCGCCCGCACGAACCCAAACAGAGUACGUGCUUAUGGUCCCGGUAUAGAACCAACCGGUUCAAUCGUCGGUGCUCCUGCCAAUUUCACCGUGGAAACCUUUUCCGCCGGCAAGGGUAACGUUGAUGUUAUCGUCGAUGAUCCUAAAGGGAAUAAGUUACCGGUCGAUAUCAGAUUCAACAAGGACAGGAAUCUGACAUACUCCGUGUCAUAUACUCCAAAAAUGGAAGGUCCGCACAAAGUGAAGGUACUCUUCGCUGGUAGAGAGAUCCCGAAGAGUCCAUACACCGUUAAUGUCGAAGGACACGCUGGUGAUCCGAGUAAAGUCACAGCAAGCGGGCCGGGUCUGCAACCGGAAGGAGUCGUCGUGAAUAGACCUACUUUCUUUGAUAUCUUUACAAAGGACGCCGGUCGCGGUGUGCCUGAAAUCAUCAUCUUAGAUCCGCAGGGUAACAAAACCACGGUAAAGUUGCGUCAGACCUCGCCAGACGUCUGGAGAUGCGAGUACGUAUCGCCAGUGACGGGUCUACAUUCCGUCAAUAUAUUCUUUGCCGGCAAACCUAUACCCAGAAGUCCCAUUGGUGUCAAUAUUGCACCAGUUUCCGAUGCGAAAAAAUGCAGAGCGUACGGACGAGGGUUGCUGCCUACUGGCGUCCGCGUCCAGGACAUCGCCGACUUCGUUGUCCUCACUAAGGACGCUGGUGAGGGUGUACCAGACAUUCGCGUAAUCGGUCCGGGAGGCGUCAAUCAACCAAUACGAAUGUCCAAAACCGACGCUACGACUUACAAAUGCCACUACACACCGGUUAAGGAAGGCCGUCAUGUAGUAAUGAUCACAUAUGGCGGUAAAGAGAUUCCCAAGUCGCCCUUUGAGGUCAAUGUAGGUCCUUAUAAGGAAUCCAACAUCAAGGCUUUUGGACCAGGUCUGCACACCGGCGUCGUCGGCCAUCCAGCGAAAUUUACAGUAAACACAAACGGUGAGACCGGCGCCCUUGGUUUCUCCAUUGAAGGCCCGUCCAAAGCGAAGAUAGAAUGCAACGAUAAUGGCGAUGACCCCGCCGAUGUUUCUUACCUGCCCACCGCGCCGGGCCAAUACGCGGUCCAUAUCCUCUGCGAUAACGAGGACAUCCCUAAAUCGCCUUAUAUCGCGACUAUUUUGCCGAAGACCGACUUUGAUCCAGAGAAGGUUGAAGUUUAUGGACCAGGAAUUCAGCCAGAAGGUGUUGCCAAAGACGAACCGACGAAUUUUACGAUUGAUGCGAGAGAAGCUGGUCAGGCGGCUUUAGAAGUUGCCAUUCAAGAUGCUCUUGGAAAAGAAGUUCCUCUUAGAUUAGGCGACAACCGGAACGGCACUGUUCAAGCGCAUUACACACCUAUUUCCAGCUCCCCGCAUGUUGUGAUGGUGAAUUAUGGUGGAGUGGCCACGAAGAAAUCUCCAUACAGAGUUAAGAUAGCUUCACCCUUGAAUCCUGCUAUGGUUUCCGCCUUUGGCCCCGGUCUUGAGAAAGGUGUGAAAUCGAACGUUCCCACACAUUUCAACGUCGACUGUCGCGAGGCUGGCCCCGGUAAAUUGGACGUUAAAAUGCUGAAUCCUGAAGGCCGGGAACUUCCAAUUUCGUUAACGGAUAAUGAGGAUGGCACGUACGUCGUGGACUACAUGCCCCCACAGCCAGGAAAUUAUACGGUGAAUCUCAACUAUGGCGGAUUGAAGGUACCUCAGUGCCCCAUUAAGGUCAACGUUCAGCCUCAUGUGGAUGUGUCCAAGAUUAAAGUGGACGGUCUGGCACCAACGGCCCCGGUGAACAGCCUGCAGCAAUUCCGCGUGAUAACGCAGGAGGCGGGCAGGGCGGCGGACUUCCAGGUGGCGAUCACGACUCCGUCCGGUAAUCGGGUCAAGGCGCACGUGGUGCCGACUCACGAGGGCUACCUGGUUAACUUUACCCCUACCGAGCUAGGCGAGUAUCUGCUGGGAAUCAGCUUCGGCGGCGAGCCAAUCUCGAAUCAGCCGUACCGGCUGACCUGCGUCCAUGGCUCCGAUCCGGGCAAGGUGCGCGCUUCGGGACCUGGUCUCUCCCACGGUGUGGUGAACAAGCCGGCCGAGUUCGUGAUCGACACGCGUGGAGCUGGCCAAGGUGGUCUCGGCGUGACCGUCGAGGGUCCUUGCGAAGCCGCGAUAAAUUGCAGGGACAACGGUGAUGGCACCUGCUCCGUCGCUUAUCUGCCUACUGAGACCGGCGACUAUGGUAUCAACAUCACCUUCAACGAACAACACGUGCCGGGCUCGCCUUUCCAGGCCAUUGUCGUACCGGACGCGGACCUAUCCAAAAUCAGAGUCAGCGGAAACGGCAUCCAGCCACACGGAUUAUUCGUGAACAAACAAACGACAUUCACGAUAGACGCGAGAGAUAUCACCAAGUCGAAGACUGACGACGGUAAGGUAUCCUGUAUCAUAAAUAAUCCCAGUGGCGGUAAAACCGAGAAGCUCAUCAUCCCCCAGGGUGAUGGCACCUACUGCGUCAGUUACACACCUUUCGAGGAGGGUUAUUACACCAUCGACAUUCUCUACGACAACGUGCCCAUCCCAGGUUCACCAUUUUCUGUCAACGUGCAACGCACCUCCGAUCCCAGCAAGUGCCGUGCGUAUGGUCCUGGUUUGGAGCAAGGCGUCACGGAAAAAACGAACUAUUUUACGGUGGAGACCGAAGGGGCUGGCAAUGGUGGUUUGGGUGUGUCGAUUACGGGUGACGGAGAGGUCAGUGCGGAAGCCAGGGAAAAAUGGGAUGGUUCCUGCGAUGUCGAAUACGUUACCAGCGAACCUGGUGACUACGAGAUCGACAUUAAAUUUGCUGAACAGAGUAUACCCGGUUCGCCAUUCAAGAUCAAAGUGAUAUCGCCGAAAAAGGAUGUGAUCGCUUACGGACCCGGUCUGCACAUGGUACGCGAAGGUGUGCCCGCCAAGUUCACGGUGGACGCGUCAAAAUGCAUAGAGGCACCGGUGAAAGUACGUCUGUCGCCUGACAUGGGGCAGCAGCCGCAGGUCAAGAGUAAAGGUGAUGGCCUGUACGAGGUGACGUAUCAGCCACCGCCUGCUGGAAAUAACAUACGACUUGAUGUUACUUUCGACGACGAGUACAUCAAUGGCAGUCCAUUCGAAGUGAAAGUUCUGCCCUUCGUAGAGCCAAACAAGGUAACUUUGUCGGGUCCCGGGGUGUCGCCCUUUUGUACUGCCUCCUUCCCGAUUGACUUCAUUGUGGACACUUCUAAUGCUGGAUACGGCGAUCUUGAAGUGCAAGUUGUGGGACCAGAUCAAGUGCCGCGUAAGGUAGUAGUGCAAGAUCUCGGCGACGGAAAGUACAAAGCAACCUAUCUGCCGGACGACUGCGGUCGUUACAAGGUCAACGUAAAAUAUGGCGGUAAGGAAGUGCCAAACAGCCCAGUGACUGUGCAGAGCACAUCCAUCGGCUCGGCGAACAAUUGUAAAAUCAAAGAAGGCAUUCAGCACACUUUGGCUCAGGGCGAGGAGUACUGCAUUACCGUGGACACUGAAAAUGCAGGUCGCGGUGCAGUGACCUGCCGCAUCCGCUCCACUACCGGAAGUGAAGUCGUUGACAUUGACAUAGAAGACAACGGCGAUGGUACAGUCAACAUUUACUAUACUGUUGCUGAUGCGGGAGACUACACCCUUAGCAUUAAAUUUGGUGGUCAACCGGUGCCUGAUGGAUUCUAUACCUUCACAGCAUCCGAGGAAUAUCGGGAACAUAGCACGCACAAAACUCAACGAGCUCGCAAAACACGGCAGAAACAAAAUCAACACGUUGAGCAGCGCAGCACAACCCUACAGGAGAGCUCUACUGUCACUACAAAACGUAGCAGCCAGCAGGAGCUAUCAAAAAAGAAUUUUAACGUUAUCCGAUUGAACUCCAUCCCACUACCUCUCCCGAGCGGUGGCACAGUUACUUAUCACCCAGAUCGACGGCCAGCUCUCAUCUUCAUCAAGUGCUUCAACGGAAAUUCUCGUGAUCCUGAAGUGUACUCGUUGGAGAUGUUUUGGGGAGAUAGAGAACCGGAAAUACCAGCCACGUGGCAGGAGGUAUCGACCUUCUAUAAAGCUUGGUUGAAGAGCGUAUUCUUCAGCGAAUUCAACCGUCCUGCGCGUGGACCGAUCUGCUACGCUAAGAGCGUUCAAGAAAAGAAGGAAAUUCCAGGACCUGGACUUGAUUUCGCGCCGCUCAUCUUUCAGAGCAUUUUCUACGUCGAUACGAAAAAAGCUGAAGUAAAGAUGCCUAGCGGAAACGUAGACAAGCCAGUUAUCGAGGACAAUCAUGAUGGUACGGUAUCUAUCAAGUACGAGCCGAGGGAAGAGGGCCUUCAUGAGAUUUAUGUGAAAUUUAACGGCGAACACGUCCAGGGUUCUCCCUACAAAUUCCAUGUCGAUUCUUUGGCGAGUGGAUAUGUAACAGCGUAUGGACCAGGUUUGGUUUACGGCGUUUGUGGUGAACCUGGAAACUUUACCAUCUCGACGAAAGGUGCCGGUGCGGGUGGUCUUUCAUUGGCUGUCGAAGGGCCCAGUAAGGCCGAAAUAAGCUGUCACGACAACAAGGAUGGCACGGUAUCGGUGUCCUAUCUACCUACCGCACCCGGAGAAUACAAAAUUACCGUUAAGUUUGGCGAUAAGCAUAUCAGAGGCAGUCCUUUUGUUGCCAAAAUUACGGGCGAGGGCCGUAAGAGGAACCAGAUCUCUGUAGGCUCUUCUAGCGAGGUGCAGCUGCCGGGUAAAGUGUCCGACGCUGAUAUCAAAUCUCUAAAUGCGUCCAUCACGGCACCCAGCGGUCUGGAGGAGCCGUGUUUUCUAAAGAAAAUGCCGGGGAGCGGUAACAUGUGUGUGUCGUUUACGCCACGUGAAGCGGGCGAGCACACCGUGAGCGUGAAGAGAAUGGGCAAGCACAUACCGAAUUCCCCCUUCAAGAUCGACGUGAAGGAUCGCGAGGUCGGUGACGCGAAGAAGGUUAAAGUUUCCGGUCCCGGUCUGAAGGAGGGUAAGACUCAUGUGGAGAACAAAUUCUCGAUUGAUACGAGGAAUGCUGGUUUCGGUGGUCUCUCCCUCUCGAUGGAAGGCCCGAGCAAAGCCGAGAUCCAAUGCAAGGACAACGAGGACGGCACUCUUAACAUCUCCUACAAGCCCACCGAGCCCGGUUAUUACAUCAUGAAUUUGAAGUUUGCGGACCACCACGUCGAGGGCUCGCCAUUCACCGUCAAAGUUAGCGGAGAGGGUAGCAACCGACAGAGGGAGAAGAUUCAAAGACAGCGAGAGGCUGUGCCAAUCACUGAGGUCGGCAACCAGUGCAAAUUGACCUUCAAGAUGCCCGGUAUCACGUCCUUUGAUCUCGCCGCUACUGUCACGUCACCCGGUGGUGUCACUGAAGAUGCCGAGAUCAAAGAGGCCGAGGAUGGCAUCUACGCGGUAGCAUUCGUGCCUAAGGAAUUGGGCGUGCACACGGUAUCCGUGCGUUACAAGUCCAUGCACAUCCCUGGCUCGCCUUUCCAGUUCACGGUAGGUCCGCUUAGGGACGGUGGUGCGCACAGAGUUCAUGCGGGUGGACCCGGUCUAGAAAGGGGAGAGCAAGGCGAACCAUGCGAAUUCAACAUUUGGACCAGGGAAGCGGGCGCGGGCACUCUUGCCGUCUCCGUCGAGGGACCUAGCAAGGCGCAAAUAGAUUUCAAGGAUCGCAAGGACGGCAGUUGUUACGUUAGCUACGUCGUUAGUGAACCCGGCGAAUAUAGGGUGGGAAUCAAGUUCAACGAUCAGCACAUCCCUGACUCGCCGCAUAAGGUUUACAUCUCACCGGCGAUGGGCGAUGCACACAAACUCGAGGUCGCGCAGUUUCCCGAAAGCGGAGUGCAGCCCGACAAGCCAUGCACCUUUCUGGUGCGCAAGAACGGCGCCAAGGGUGAACUGGACGGGAAGCUUGUAUCACCAAGCGGCACCCAGGACGACUGCUUCAUCCAGAGUAUUGAUGCGGACACAUACUCGGUAAGGUUCAUGCCGACGGAGAAUGGCAUUCAUCAAAUCCACCUCAAGUUCAACGGAGUGCAUAUAUCGGGUAGUCCGUAUCGUGUCAAAGUUGGUAAAGUGGACGCUGAUCCAGCGGCGUUACACGCCUAUGGCAACGGUCUAAAGGAGAUCAAGACCGGUCAGAAAACCGAUUUCAUCAUCGACACCUGCAAUGCGGGCAGCGGAGCGCUGGGAGUCACUGUGGAUGGACCCAGCAAGGUCGCUAUGGACUGUACCGAGGUCGAGGAGGGUUACAAGGUCAGGUACACGCCUUUGGUACCAGGCGAUUAUUAUAUCAGCAUCAAGUACAACGGCUACCAUAUCGUCGGCUCACCAUACAAGGUUCCUUGCACAGGCGCGGAUUUGGCGGAGAGAGGAGCGCAAGAGACAAGCUCAAUCGUUGUAGAGACCGUGCAAAAGAUAUCGAAAAGCAAGCAGACUGGACCGAUAUUGCCAUUGUUUAAAUCUGAUGCGGGCAAAGUGACGAGUAAAGGCAUGGGUCUCAAGAAAGCUUACUUAGGAAAACAAAAUCAAUUUACUGUGCACGCGGGAGACGCUGGUAAUAAUAUUCUCUAUGUGGGCGUGUAUGGGCCCAAAGGACCAUGUGAGGAGGUCUUCGUAAAGCACACAGGCCGCAAUAAUUACAACGUGAGUUACCUGGUGCGCGAACGGGGCGAGUACAUCGUGAUCGUCAAGUGGGGCGACGAUCACAUCCCCGGUUCACCUUAUAAGGUCGAGGUUUAAACCGAACCAGCAUCCAGACCAGACGUAACGCGUCUGCAACCGCAACGACGGUCAAUAAAAUAGAGUCAUGCGUCAUUUCGUUGUAAAUUGCAUGGGUCUUCAAGUUCAUAUUCAUCUUCGCCGAAUACAGAAACGAAUUAAGUGCCAAUUUAGAUUCUCGAACGAAAACUUGUAAUUUAAUAUUAAUUAUUGGCGAAAGGUACAUCUAAAACAAUCCGGCCUAUGUCGAAACGACGCACGUUAUUUCGAUUUCUAGAAUAGCAGUCAUACACAGAAGACAGUUAUGACACUCUCACGAUAAAAUUGCGAUGUGACUUUUCGCCAACAUAGUUCAUUCAUCCUUCCAAAUCUUGAGGAUAAUUUUGACAUCUUAGAAUUGACGAUUUUUGCUGAAUUCGAAACAGAGUAGAAUCGCAAUUAGAAGUUAAAACGACGGAAGAACAUGUAGGUCAAUUACUGUUGUUUGUUCAAAAACACCAAUUGUGCCUUUGAUUCGACAUUAUAAAUACACAGAGAUAUAUUAUUCGACAGAAUCACACACGUGCAGUACCAUAUACAAAGACAUAUGCAAAGACGCUUCAUGUCGUACCCAAGUCAAAUCUUGAUUAUGUUAUAUAUUAUUGAUUAUUGAAGAAACAAUUGGAACAGUCCCUCAUCGAUUUUAAUGAGUUUUAUUAUA